GCGGAUACAUUUUCUUGCUGGGGAAGGCUAGUUUGAUCGAGGAUUGGAGAGGAGGGAGAGGUGGAAUAAAAAGCUCGGGAUGGAUUUUGGAGUCUUUGUGCGAGCCGUAUGCGGUGAGAGUCGCACGUACGGUAAGGAGGGGGGUUCGCGUCUAUACGUGUAGUGUGGUGGUUGGGCCUACCCACCCUAUUUGUUCCAUGAUCUAUGGGUCUACUGGAGCUACCCACUUCGAUCAAUUAGCCAAGAUUUUGACCGGAUACGAAAUCACUGGUGCUCGAUCUAGUGGUAUUUUUAUGGGGAUUCUUUUUAUCGCUGUAGGAUUCCUAUUCAAGAUUACUGCAGUUCCUUUUCAUAUGUGGGCACCUGAUAUCUAUGAGGGUUCACCCACCCCGGUGACAGCAUUCCUUUCUAUUGCGCCUAAAAUCUCUAUUUCUGCAAAUAUGUCACGUGUUUCUAUUGUUGCUUCCUAUGGGGGUACAUUACAACAAAUCUUCUUUUUCUGCAGCAUUGCUUCUAUGAUCUUAGGAGCACUGGCCGCCAUGGCCCAAACGAAAGUCAAAAGACCUCUAGCUCAUAGUUCGAUUGGACAUGUAGGUUAUAUUCGUACUGGUUUCUCAUGUGGAACCAUAGAAGGAAUUCAAUCACUACUAAUUGGUAUAUUUAUUUAUGCAUCAAUGACGAUAGAUGCAUUCGCCAUAGUUCCAGCAUUACGGCAAACCCGUGUCAAAUAUAUAGCGGAUUUGGGCGCUCUAGCCAAAACGAAUCCUAUUUCGGCUAUGACCUUCUCCAUUACAAUGUUCUCAUACGCAGGAAUACCCCCGUUAGCCGGCUUUUGUAGCAAAUUCUAUUUGUUCUUCGCCGCUUUGGGUUGUGGGGCUUACUUCCUAGCCCCAGUGGGAGUAGUGACUAGCGUUAUAGGUCGUUGGGCGGCCGGAAGGUUGCCAUGAGUAAGGUUGGGAGACCGAAGGCAGUUUUCCGUGCACCGGACACGUAGCUUACCGAAUCAGUUGCAACACAGAUGGGAAUGCAUGCUAUG